AUGUCCUAUGUUGAUUUGCGGCUCCUGGCUCUGGCGGUCUUCCCCGCCAGGGGAGUGCCCGACAAACCCAUCUCACACCCAUGGUCCGAGCCACUACUGGGCCUAUUGAUGGGGCUGCUGGGCACCGGUCAGCCAGAUUUCCAGCCAAUCCCCGCCGAUCACCCGGACCUGCCGGACGUCGAAGUUGAGCAAGGCCUCAUCGCCGUGGUCGGAGUGGUUCAUUCAGUCAGCGAAGAGGGCCAGACGCACAUCUUCAAGCCCAAUGACAUUCUUGCAGGUCUCGUCCCCCUGCGACACUUCUUGGAGAUGAUCAACGGUGUCGGGCCUGCGAGCAGGACCGUUGCCCUGCAUCACCUGUACUUCGGUAAAAGCAUUUCCCUAAGCCAAAUGCUUGCCCGGCUCCAGGCGGCCCGCCCGCCGGACGCCAUCGAUUCCCUGUCCGACCCCGGGUAUCAUGAGCUUCGUUGCUCGGCUCUCUUGCUUGCUGGGACGCUGCAGGCUGGUGUCUCCGCCAUGUGGGCCCUUACCACCGGCUUCAGUGGCCCUGGUGCCUCGUAUGCGCCGCUGGCCACCAAUAUCCUGGUCAGUCCUGCCAACACGCUGCCAGCGCACAUGCUGGCCCUCUUGGCACACGAUUUUAACUUGAUCCCGGUCGGCGUGGCCAAGUUCACGGCGUCCGAGAUGGACAUGGGGCAUCUUCCGGCCCCUCAUGUUGCUCCUUCGAAUGCGAGCUUCCGGCAGCUGCUUCUCGUGUCGAGUGGAUCAGAGCAGGAGUCCACGGCCGCGGAGGGGGCCCUCUCUCAGGCGGGAACCCCCCGGCGGGUGGUUUCCCCGAGUGCCUUGCAUCGGCAUUGUGUCGACUGGGCCGAUGGCCUGGGCUUCGAGCUUGUGGCGCGAUUUGUCCGCGCUCCUGCCACCAGGUCAGGCUCGAGUGAUGUGUGUCCGCUCUCCUGGCAUCAAGCCGCCACUGUGGUGGCUCCGAUGGGCUGCGUUUUUGUCGGGGCCUUGCCGCACAGCCGGCUUGAGAUGGCGGCAGCUACGGCGGCCAAGGCAGCAGGCGACUCGCCCGAGGCCUUCCCACCGGGGGAGCUUCCCCGGCCAACCCUUGAGGUCCUCUGGCGGAAGUCUGCCCGAGUCACCCUGGCGGAUCUGGGGCACUGGUUGGACUCAGGCGCCAAACGGGGCUACCUUCUUCAUAUGAUCCAAGCCUACUUGGAUACAUAUUCCAGCUCUCUGCCCGAAGCCUAUACGGGUGGGCUUGGGUUUGGCGCGCCAGCCGCAGCCGGUGGUCCAUCAGUCCUGGGCCUUGGGGUGGCGCAUGCCGGGAGCCACCUGGCCUGUUGGCACUUGUCCGCCGCGGACAUUGCUUCCCAAUCGGGCCCCCUGCCAGGAGCCCUGGAGGUGCUGGCUUUCGGCUUGGCGUCCGGGUAA